AUGCUUGACGUUAUUGUAAUUGGUGCUGGAUUCAGUGGCCUCCAGGCUGCUUAUUCUGCCAAACGGGCAGGUCUUUCAGUCGCUGUUGUCGAAGCUCGCGAUCGUGUUGGUGGAAAGAUCUGGAGUGUACCGUUAGCUUCCGAUCGAGGCUGCGCGGAACUGGGUGGUGCAUGGAUCAACGAUAGCCUCCAGCCGCGUGUAUGGAGCUAUGUAAAGAAAUUUGGGUUGAAGGUGGUGAAGCAACGUCUUGAGGGGACUGCUAUCAUGCAAGAAAGCGAGAAUGAAAGGUCCGAAUUCCCAUUUGGAGUUGCUCCGGAGUUCACACCCGAGGAGAAGGAUAAUCUUGCGUUCAUUCGCGACCAUUUUCAAGCCGAGUCUCUCAAAAAGGGUUUGCCGUCUGCGGAGGUGGACAAUAUUUCUCUCGCGGAGUAUGUUCAAAAGCUCGGUGUUCUUCCCAAGGUCGCCAAGAUGGUCAACAUUUGGUCACAGGUUAUGCACGGAUUAGAGGCAUCCGAGGAAUCUGCUGCGUGGUUUAUCGAUUAUUGUCGCCGUAACAAGGGCUUCAUGGCGAUCCGCGCGGAUGAUUCCACUGGUGGUCAAUAUAUGCGAUUUCAAGAUGGUGCUCAGUCAAUUGCCAAGGAGCUAGCCAAGCUCAUCGGGCUUAAUUCGAUCUAUCUUUCUUCUCCAGUGGAUUCAAUUAUCGAUUCCAAGUCCCAUAUCACCGUGACAACUCGCAAUGGAAAAAUGAUCACAUCCAGGAAGUGCAUUAUGUCCGUUCCCAGCACUAUGUACAAAGAGUUCAAUAUUAGUCCCCCACUACCCGCAGACGUUCAAGCUGUUACAAACGGAACAGUCUUGGGUGAUUACAACAAAGCAAUUGUUUGUUACGAUAAACCAUGGUGGCGCACCGAAGGAUUCAACGGAUAUUUCGCGAGUUACUCUGGCCCAUUAACAUUGGGUAGAGACACAUGUGUCGAAGAAAAGAAUCACUACUCUCUCACUGCCUUCGUCAACGGCAAGCCCGGAAGAGAAUGGAGCAGGUUGCCCCCACAUGCCCGCCGAGCUGCAGUCUUGAAACAAUUAUCCAAGGUUUUCAAGAGUAAUCCUGAAGUCUUCCGUCCAAUUGAAUACUUCGAUCAGAUUUGGCAGCAUGAAGAGUUUAGCCGAGGCGCUUUGGCACCGGUACAUGCAAUUGGCCAUCUUACCAAGUAUGCUUCCGUUUACGGUAAGCCCGUUAGUAACCUUCAUUUUGUCGGUACUGAGUAUAGCCCCGAGUGGAAGGGUUACAUGGAAGGUGCUCUAUGCACUGGUGAGCAAGGAGCUGAGCAGGUACUUGAGUCUUUGAAAAAGAUUCCUGCGAAGAUUUGA